CACAACAGUACCGAAACAAGAGUAACCCACGCUUGCUACAAUCCACGUCAGUUUCAUUGAAUUGAAAACUGACCUUGAACGAAUCAAGGUACAAGCUUCCUCUUAUUGAGAAACUGUCGAUAUGGAUCCUGAAUGCCCACCACCAGGAUAUGACGGAAUGAGUUCGACGGUAGGACUUUUGCAGCAAUCGCGAAACCGGACUGGAUGGCCUCUGGGCAAUAUCACAGUCGACUGGCCAUAUUGCACAGUCAACAGUCAUACCACAUAUUGGACGAGUGACGAUCAAGACCGAACGCAACCCACAAAGGCGAUGUUGGAACGCAUUCGUCUUCGGCAAGAUCUAGAGAACUUCGACAAACAACUGGAAAAGAUCACCAUUUCCAAGCAAAAAACUUGGAUCGAGCGAUUGAGACUACACACCAAGAUCAUAUUUCAGCACAUGUGCAAGCCCACUACAGACGAAAAUGCCGUGUCCACAUUUGCGAUGCUUGCUAUUGUGUUGUAUUUUCGGAACACGGAAAGUCGUGGAUCGUCGAUUGCAAAGGGUCCCGAAUUCGAAGAUUUAGUGAAGCAACAAGUUGAUAUGAAUGUUGUGUCUUGCUGCUUCGAAUCACGUUUCGUUGGAAGUUUAUCUCUAGCUGAGUCAAUGCAGAAUACACCGUCAAUUAUACAAGUGGACUUCAUAUCAUUCAAAGAUCAAUGGCUUGAAUGUACGUUGCAAAAGGGUAUAACAAUCACCCAAGAAAAUGGACAACCAUUCAACACCAUCUCAGCAUACAGCCCAACAUCAUUCAUCAAAAUCAUCAAAGAGAAAGCCGACAACAACGCCAAAAUGUGCCACGAGGAAGUCACAAUCUACAAAUGUGGACACGAAGAAACGACAGGGUUUUCCGAAUGCCCAAACGGUAAAAGUAUGGAGAUUCCAUGCUACGAGCCACCAAAGAAGACCCGAGUGAAUAGGAAUUGCUCAUCGCAGAAGUGCAAAGACCAAAGAAGGGGAGAGGCACUGGACAAGGCAUCGAAGAAGAAGUACUCGUGGUAG